AUGGCAGCCAGUACGGUCGUGUUCUACGCUUUACUAUUAUUCUUGUUGUUGUUUUGUGGAAAUAUUGAAACUGUUGAAUACGAAAGAAAGAAUGAUUUAUUAGAACUGUUAAAGAGAAAUGGAUUGAAUGUACUACAUCAAAAUGUUCGUGGCUUAUUAGCAAAUUUUAGUGGUUUACAGGCACUUUUUUCAUCGCAUCCAAACAUAGAUGUGUUUACGUUACCGGAAACUCAUAUUUCAACCGCCGAAGAUGUCGAUCAGUUGUACGAUAUCCCAGGUUAUAAUAUUGAAAAAAGAAAUCGUAAUACUGGUAAAGGAGGAGGUGUAGCGGUUUAUAUAAAUGACAACAUAAACUAUGUUAGGCGAACAGAUUUGGAGAUUGGUAAACUCGAAAGCAUUGUUAUAGAAAUUGUCGUUAAAAAUUCGCAUAACGUUCUUAUAGCAACACAUUAUAGGCCUCCAAACGGCACAAAACACUUGCCGAGUAAUUACAAUGAGUUAUUAGAGACAUCAUUAUCGCUUUGUUGUGCGGAGUCUAAAGAUGUUAUACUCAUAGGAGAUAUGAAUGUUAACUAUUUAAAUUCACGAGAUAAUAGAGAAGUUAAAGCAAUUAUUCAACAGAAGGGUUUAACACAAAUAAUUAAAAAACCAACGCGUGUAACACAGGACACAAAAUCUUUAAUCGACAUUAUAGCAACGAACAACCCUGGGUCAAUCGCUGAACAAGACGUCAUACCGACUAGUCUCAGUGACCAUGAUUUAGUAGGUUGCGUACGAAAAUUAAACAACAAAAAGUACACGUCAAAAACAGUCAAAACCAGAAAUUAUGCCAAAUACAAUCCUGAUAAUAUGAAUCGUGAUUUUGAACAAGUGAAUUGGUUGCCGGUAUUAUCUUUAUCAAACGUUAAUGACGCUGUUAACACAUUUAAUGGUAUUGUAAAAGAUAUUUUCGACAAACAUGCGCCGAUCAUUCAAAAAAGAGUGAAAGGUCGCCCAUGUGCUUGGCUUAACGAAAACUUGAAAUCAAUAAUGAACCAGCGUGAUCAACUUUUACGAAAGGCUAGAAAAAGCAACAGUGCAAGUGAUUGGAGGAAAUAUAAGGACUUAAGAAAUAAAUGCAACAAUAUGCAAAAAAACGCUAAGGCUAAACAUCACAAGAACUUAAUAGACGAAAACUGCACAAAUCCCAAAGCUUUCUGGAAAGCAGUGAAAACUAUAUUUCCGACAAAGGCUAACACAAAAAAUGCGUCUAAUAACGAGAAAGAUAAUCAAACUCGCGCCAAUGCCUUUUGUGAUUACUUUUCAACAGUCGUAAAUAAUCUGAAGUCAUCCGCAUUUAAAUUGAAGAACUUUAUCUGGAAACCGCCAAAUCACAUUUGUUCUUUCUUAAAAAGAAAUUAA